ACUCAAUUGGGUAUAAAGCAUCAACCACAUCUGCCUCGAGCGUAGCAAACUGAUGAAAACAUCAGUUUGGAGUUGCUUGACUUUCUCUCGGUCGCUCCUCUGGAAUAACCGUUCAUUUAUGAAACCAUAAAUAAUUUUUCCUUGUCAAUUGAUAUCCAAUAUUACCAUUAUACUGGAACUGGGAUAUUCUGACAGAGAGUCCUGCGCACCUGUUCCAUCCAAGGAGCGCCGCACCAUGAUUCCGCCUGGAGACUGCAUGUAUGCCGGUAGAAAAAGAAGGAAACCGAUUCAAAAACAGAAACCGGUUCCGGUAAAUGAGAAGUCCAACCCGUCCAAGCGGCACCGAGACCGGCUGAACGCAGAGCUGGACCGGCUGGCCAGCCUGCUGCCGUUCUCCCCUGACAUCAUCACCAAACUGGACAAACUCUCCGUCCUGCGCCUCAGCGUCAGCUACCUCAGGGUCAAGAGCUUCUUCCACGCCAAUCCCGACAAAGCGACCCGCAAGCACAUCAGCCAGCCGCCCAAUCAUGACAUAGGGUCAGAGGGGCCGCCAUCCAUCACUGGAGUCACCGAGAGCACACUCUUGCUUGAGUCCCUGACAGGCUUUGCACUGGUGAUCAGCAGUGAUGGGAUGGUCUUCUAUGCGUCGUCCACCAUCAUCGACUACCUGGGCUUCCAUCAGACGGACGUGAUGCACCAGAAUGUCUUUGACUACAUCCAUGUGGACGACAGACAGGAGUUCCGCCAGCAGCUCCACUGGGCCAUGAACCCCACGCAGCAGAGCUCCCACCACCCCCAUUCAGCUGCAGGAACUGGUGAGGACUUUGUGGUGAACCGGCUGUUUCAUUCUCAAGAGGCCGGCGGCGUCUCUCCGGAACUUUCUCCCUUCCUCAACCGCUGCUUCAUCUCCAGGGUGAGAUGCCUGCUGGACAGCACCUCCGGCUUCCUGACCAUGCAGUUCCAGGGCAGGCUGAAGUUCCUGCAGGGGCAGAAGAAGAAGACGCCCUCCGGUGCCCCCCUGCCCCCCCAGCUGGCGCUCUUCUGCGUGGCCGUGCCCCUUCUGCUGCCCUCCAUCACCGAGAUGAAGAUGAAGACGAUGAUGAUGAGGGGCAAACAGAAGAGCGGCAGCAACGGAAUCCUCACCGCACUGGAGCACAGUGAUGAGCAGUACCGGCGGCACGCAGUGGCGGACGUGCUGGGGGACGGCGGGGAGGCUCUGCUGCUGAACUGCCCGACCCCGGUGCUGCGGCACCACACGCCCUGGACCCCUCUCUCCAAGGACAGCGGCGGCGGAGGCCUCAAGUACAAGAGCGACGGCUACUACACCAGCCAGGACGAGCCGCUCAACUUCUGCAAGUCUUCCGGGGCGACGGGUCUGAGGGGUCACGUGCCGGACGGAGGCUGGCCACUGAGGGCGGGCGUGGGCGCGGGCGGCGGUUACCGCGGCAACCUCAACAUCUCCCCCACCGCCGCCGCCGCGCGCCUGGGCAAGGUGGGGCACUACAGCAAGCCCUACCGCAUGUCGCCCGGCUACCACCACGCCGCCCGGCCGGACCUCUACGUGCCCAGGCCGUACGGGGGUGGAAGUGGGGCGGCGUGCGACGAUGACAUCGAGGGCUACUGUGCAGUGGACGGCAUCAAGAGCGAGAACGGGGGCUACGAGAGCCAUGGGGGCGUGUGCUACGACGGACGCCUGCUGCCGCAGAUGCCCAUCAAGGUGGAGCAGGACUCGGACUCGGAGAACGGCUGCGACGCCUACGGCCGGCCGUGGGGCUGCCGCCAGCCGCUGGACCGACGCUACGGCGGCGGGGGGGUCUACCAGGGCAGCGGGGGGGGCGUGCUGAUGAAGGCAGAAGGGGAGUUCUACGAGCAGUACUCCCCCUGCCAGAGGAGCAAAGCCAUCAUGUCGCCCGCACCCUUCAACGGCCACUACCAGAACCUGUGCGGCAGCGGACCUGGCCCCGGGUCCGGCGUGGUGGGGCGUCCACUCAAGUGUGUCCGGAACAAGGAGCCCCCGGCGCAGGCCACCCAGUUCAGCCCUCCGCAGAGGCUCGGCCCGUCCGACCCGCUCUGCGGCAGCCAGACGGCCAACUGCAUGGACGCCCACGGAUACGGCGGCGGCUACGGACCGCAGGACUACAAGCUGGGCUACGAGGUCAAAGGUCACGGGCUCCUGCACUCCAUCAAGCGCGAGCCCAUGGACUCCCCACCGUGGCACGAUGGAGGAGGAGCAAGAGGAGGAGGAGGAGGAGGAGGCGGGGGACACGAGCCGCCACAAGUAGCCCUGCAGAGGGGCGUCUUGCCCAACUGCAUGAUGGGAAAUGGGCCGCACAAAACCAACCCGUACGUCUACAUGCAGUAGACGCUCACGCAAACCAUCUCGCAAUGCACUCCGUCACUAGCGCACAAUCUCUACAGACUGGUUCAGCUCAGGUUAUCAACUCUUUGUUCGAGUGGAGAUCGUUAUGUUUCUCUUUGUUCAUUUGUUUGUCUGUUUUGCUUGUAUUAUUUUUUUUGAAAGGAUGAUGUUUCAAAUAUGCACUUUUACUAUAGAGUGAAUAUAAACUCUUUUCCUGACUCACACCAUUUCUGUUGUUAUGUGCGAUGUUCUACAGUACACUGGGAUGUUCUACAGUACACUGGGAUGUUCUACAGUGGGAUGUUCUAGAGUACAGUGGGAUGUUCUACAGUGGGAUGUUCUACAGUACAGUGGGAUGUUCUGAAGUACAGUGGGGUGUUCUACAGUACAGUGGGAUGUUCUACAGUACAGUGAGAUGUUCUACAGUGGGAUGUUCUAGAGUACAGUGGGAUGUUCUACAGUACAGUGCGAUGUUCCCAAGUACAGUGGCAUGUUCUACACUAAAGUUAGACAGUUGACUGUUCCUCUGUCACCUUUAGGGAGUGAGUGAGUGAUUGAGAGAGCUUUUGGUUUAUACCACAACACAUGUACAAAUGUUUGACUAAAUCAAAACUCUUUUUUUUUCUUUCACGUUUUAAGUUGUUUAUUUUGUUGAAAUAAAUGAUCAGUGCAACAGGUGUAACAGUUAAUGCAUGCUUAUUUCUAAUCAGGUUUCUUUUGAAGACUAAACUGAAGGAUUGGGUUUUUAAUGAAUGGUACUGUGUACAUAUUUAUGUGAGUGUGUGUGUGUAUGUUUGUUAGUGAGAAUGGGAAUGGGAGUGAAUGAGUGUUUGUGUGUGUGUGUGUGAGAGAGAGAGAGAGAGAGAGAGAGAGAGUUUGGAAGGUUUUGUAUUUUAUAUCAUGUUUUGACAAUGCUGCACUAAUUCUAUGAUCAUCAAAUUCCCCAUUUCAAUAUUUUUUGUAGUCAUAAAAAUGCAUCUAGUCCUUAUGUUAGACACAUUUGCAAUUUGUUCUUUGAUGAGAAACA